AUUUCAAAACUCAAGUAUGAAGAAUAUCAAAUUAUUACAUGGAUGUACCAAUUUUGAUACUUGUUUUGGCUUCACUUGUUGCAUUGCCACUUUCAUCAUCCUCAACAAUCUUUAGUUUAUCUGAAGGUUCACUUUCUGCUCCACAAGAUUUUCUUUCAUCCCCCAAUGGAGAAUUCACAGCUGGUUUUUACUCUGUUGGUGACAAUGCUUAUUUCUUUGCUAUAUGGUUCACUAAGCCAUUGGCUGAUGGAAACAACACCGUUGUUUGGAUGGCUAACCGUGAUCAACCUAUAAAUGGAAGAAAAUCACAUCUUUCCCUGCUCAAAUCAGGCAACCUCGUACUGAUUGAUGCGAAUCAGAUCAAUGUUUGGGAAUCUGGUACACAAUCAAGUUCAUAUGUUGAAUUAAGGUUGCUGGAUAACGGCAACCUUGUUCUUGUAACUUCAGAAGGUCAAGAAAUCUGGCAAAGCUUUGAUUCACCUACAGACACACUUCUUUCUGAACAACUACUUACCAAGACCUCAAAGCUUGUGUCACGUAGAAGCUCGACCAAUUUCUCUUCUGGAUUUUACCAGGUACAUUUUAAUGAGGAUAAUGUCCUGCAUCUUGUCUUUGAUGGCAUAGAGAUGACAAGUGUUUUCUGGCCAAGCCCGUGGUUAAUUGUUUGGGAUGCAGGUCGGUCCACCUACAAUGACAGCAAAACUGCAGUUCUUGACCGUUUGGGAAAUUUUAUGUCGAGUGAUGAAUUUAGAUUCCAAUCUGCUGAUUAUGGUGUGGAAUUGCGAAGGAGAUUGACUCUUGAUGUAGAUGGCAAUAUUCGAUUGUACAGCCUAGAUAUGCUGAGUAACACUUGGAGAGUUACUUGGCAGUUAUUUAUAGCAGCUUGUAGGGUUCAUGGAGUUUGUGGAUUGAACAGUUUGUGUUCCUAUGAUCCUUACUUUGGCAGAAAAUGUUCUUGUAUACCAGGAUACAGGAUGAGAAAUCCCACAGAUUGGUCCUAUGGUUGUGAACCAGAAUUCGCCAUUUCUUGCAAUGAUACUAGUUCAAUGGAUUUCUUUCCGCUUCACCACGUUGAGUUUUACGGGUAUGAUAUUGCAUAUUUUCAUAAUAAAACGUUGCAGGAAUGCAAGAAUAUAUGCUUGAAACAUUGUGAUUGCAAGGGUUUCCAGUACAAGUUUGUUGGAGGUAAUGGUACGUAUGGUUGUUACCCAAAAACACUCUUAUUUAAUGGCUAUGUCCAAUCAAGUUGGCCAGAUAUUGUUUAUGUGAAAUUGCCUAAAGGAAGGCAAACUUGGCAAGCGAAUUAUAAAGGAAAUCUCCAAUGUGGCAAUGAAAAAGUGAUGCUGGACAGAGCUUAUAAAAGAAAAGAACAACAUGGUUGGAUAAAGUCAUUCAUUUGGUCAAUUGUUGUAGCUGGAGUUUUGGAGAUUCUUUGUUUUCUAACUUACUGGAUUAAGACAAGAAAAGGCUCACAUGAAACCAAGCAAGGUUACCUUCAACUUUCAACAAGAUUCAAGAAAUUCACCUAUGCUGAGCUCAAGAAGGCCUCUUCUAAUUUCAGUGAAGAGAUAGGCCGAGGAGGCGGUAGUAUUGUGUAUAAAGGAAAAUUGUCUGACGAUAGAGUUGCAGCUAUAAAGUCCCUCAGUGGAGGAGCCAACUAUCAAGGAGAAGCUGAAUUUCUAGCAGAAGUGAGUACUAUAGGCAACCUUAAUCACAUGAAUUUGAUAGAAUUAUGGGGAUAUUGUGCUGAGGGAAAGCACAGGCUUCUAGUUUAUGAGUAUAUGGAGUGUGGUUCUUUGUCAGAUAAUUUGCAUGCCAGCAAACUUGAUUGGGAGAAAAGGUUUGACAUUGCUUUAGGAACAGCCAAAGGACUUGCUUACUUGCAUGAAGAGUGCUUGGAAUGGGUCUUGCAUUGUGAUGUAAAGCCUCAGAACAUACUUUUAGAUUCCAAUUACAAGCCAAAGGUUGCUGAUUUUGGGCUAUCGAAAAUAUUAAAUAGAGGUGGCUUGGAUAAUUCGAGCUUUUCCACGAUAAGGGGGACUAGAGGAUACAUGGCUCCUGAAUGGGUUUUUAAGAUGCCUAUUACCUCAAAAGUUGAUGUUUAUAGUUAUGGAAUUGUUUUAUUGGAGAUGAUCACAGGCAAGAGUCCAGAAGUUUGUGUUCAUGGCGGCAGCAGCAGGGAUAAUGAUGCUAUGGGACAAGGGGUGUUGGUAACUUGGAUUAGAGAGAAGAUGCGCGAAGCUAGUGAAACGAAAUCAUGGAUACAAGAAAUUGUGGAUCCAUCUUUAAGUGGUAAAUUUGACUUGGAGAAAAUGGAAAUUCUAUUGAAAGUAGCUUUGCAGUGUUCAGAGGAAGAUAGAGAUGCAAGACCUACCAUGUGCGAGGUGGUAGAUAAGAUGCUUCAUCCAGAAAAUCUCGAGUUGAAAAUAGACAUAGUAAUCUAAGUUAAUCUCAAGUUGUAUCAACUCUCGCAAAAGCUGAUCUUAGAAUGAUAUAGUAGGAUGGUAUCCUCUUUAAUUAUAUGUUAAGUAACUUCUUCCAAAAUAAUACCAUCUAACUUGAGUUUGCAUGUACUUUUG